AUGGACUCCAGAGAGGACAAACGCUUUAACAAGUCACUUCAGAUCAACAGUUUCAAAGAAGCCUUGAAUGGGUUUAAACAACUGGUUGAACAGACUGCAGCCCAGAAAAAAGAUGAAAGAGCAGGAUUGCUUAUCCAAAAAGAAGAUAUAAUUGAUUAUGAAAGAUUUUAUGAAUCGGUGCAGCAGCUCUUUGGUCCCGAAGUGAAGAGUCAAGAUGCGAAAUGCUUUUAUAGGAAACUCUGCAACAACCCGGAUGCAUCUAUCGACUGGUGUGAGAUCUUUGGAUACUUCUCCUCUGAAGAAGAUUCUCUUGUUUCCCAGAUGGAUGAAGAAAAUUUGGUUUUCCUUGUGUCUAGAAAACAGCGAAUUGUGAUUUCAGGUAGUAGAAGACGGGACGUGAUUAAGUGCAUCGUCAAGAUCCCUCAGUUGGAUUUGAUAAUAACAGCAUCUCAGAAAGGAUUAAUAACAGUUUUUAACAGCCAGAUGAGAGUUCUGACCAGCACCAGUAUUACAGAUAACUCAUGGAUUACAGGAUGCGAUUACCUCGCUCAGCUGAAACGAAUUGUCGCCACUACAGAAAGGACCAUUAUUGUCUGGGAUUAUAAAGCUCAAGGGACCAGCCAGGAGCAGUAUUACGUCAUAAAGCCCAUGGAUCACUGCCUCCUGUGUGUGUGUGUUGUGCCUCUGUUUGACCAGCUCUGCAAAGAUGACAUCCUCCUGGGGGAUGAUGGUGGCUUUGUGACCAGAUUCACAGUAAAUAGUGAUGACUUUGGACUAAAGCAGGCGAAAAGCAAAAAGAAAUUACAAAGUCAGGUCUUAGACUCAAAGAACUUUAAAAGUGUUAAAAGGAAGCUACAUAAUGACUGGGUGAUGAAGAUCAGAUUCAUUCAAGCCCUAAAUUGCUUUGGGUCCUGCUCCUUAGACAGUGUUCACUCACUGGUUUUGGAAUCUAUGAAGAGACUUGAGGACAAUUUGCCUGUCCGAGAGUUUGCCAUGCCACGAGGAGCAAACACUUUUUGCUACUGUACAAAGGCGAAUGUCAUUGUCACUGGAGGCGAUGAUAAAGUGCUCCGGCUCUGGCACCCCAACAUCAGCACCAAGCCGGUGGGGAAGCUGGUGGGACACAUGUUCAGUAUCACCGAGAUCGUCACCAAUGAGAAAGACCAGCACGUCGUCAGCCUUUCCUCCGCAAAGGUUUUCAGAGUGUGGGAUAUACAGACUCUUUCCCUGCUACAAGUCUUCCAUGACAGCCAGGGAGGACCAGGAGACAUGCAGAUUUAUUCUAUGAUAUAUGAUGCCAAUCAUGGCAUGCUUAUCACAGGAUCGAGUGUUAUGGACAUGUAUCCUCUGACCAGGAUGGUUCAAGACACAAAACACAUUCCUCACACUCAUGAACGGGAAAUCAAUGUCAUGCUUUACAACAAAUAUUUCCACCAAGUGCUCACUAUCUGCUCUGAGUCCAUAAUUAAGGUAUGGGAACUUGAGACUGGCCUCCAAAUAUAUCAUAUUUUAGAUCCUCACGGCUUCAAUAUCGAACUGACCUGCGCUUCUAUUGAUGAAAGUGGAUUUCUUUUUGCCACAGGAGCAUACAAUGGAACAGUUAAGAUCUGGGACUUUGGAAGUGGGCAAGAGUUGAAAGCACUGCCAGAAGGAAAGGACUGGAAGGAGGAGGAGCACUGGCUGCAGAGCCUAAUUUUCCUCAAAUCUGAAGAGAAACACCAGUACCUGGUCCUUGUCUUGGAGCGGAAUGGGACUAUCAAAAUGAUCCAGGGUAAGGAGGAUGACGUUUUCCUCACAGCGAUUUGGGAGCUGCCUGACGCUAUGCCUUACCUGCAGCUCGGAAACCACGUUGUGCAUCUGAACACUAAGGAGAGGAGCAUGUCUGUUCCGUUCCCAGCUGUUGAAUUAAUUGUUCAGACAAGCCUUUCUCAACAUAGUAAUACUCCUGACAUCAGUAUUGAGGUGAGCUGCAUUGAUUUAUUGCAAGUAGAAGGGUAUAAUUUGAUAGUUGCUGGAACCUCAAAUGGCAUGAUCAUCUUAUGGAAUUUCCUAGCAUCUACUGUCAAAGAAGUGUACCAACCUGAAGAUUGCUUCACUGUGGACCCUGACUUGGAUCCCAAGCGCUUCAGAAUUAACGACAUACUCUUCCUCUUCCGUCCUCCCGAAUGUGCAAGGAGAUCAAGUCAAGAUUCCAUAUGUUCUUCAACCCAAUGUGAUUCUAGCAAGGGUGCACAGAGUAGCAAGGGAAGCAAGCAAAGCAUACAUGACAGUGAGGUGAAAGGCGAUCAAGCCGAUACCGUGGGAGAGCAACAGCCAGCAGGCAAAAAACAUCUUUUAGUUCCUAAUGUGACAGAACCUCAGCCUCCUAUCCUAGUCACUGCGCACGAGGACGGACACCUCCGCCUGUGGACGAUGGAGGGGAAAUUACUGAAAGACUUGCUACCCUUCACGAAGCAUUCUGCCAUUUCUCUGAAGUCCCUGAAUACUGAUUCAUGUUGCAGGAUACUGCUGGCUGGAAACAUGGAAGGACACGUUGUCCUCUGCAGUAUCGGUUCCUUUCUGGAUCCACCUCAUGAUGAAAAGAAAUUCAAGCAGCUGCUCUCCUGGCGUGCUCAUUCUUUAGAAAUCGUUCAGGUGGUGUAUGUGGAAGAAAAGCAAAUAGUGCUUACUGCCUCCAUCGAUGGCUCUGUGAGGCUCUGGCAGGCCCUCAAUGGACAUUAUUGUGGAUAUUUUGGACAGCGAAGAAUGUUUGAUUUAUCACAAACAACCGACUUCAUUUUGCCUUGUGAUGUUACUGAAUGUCCAAUAGAAAUAAAAGAAGAAAGCAAGUUCACAGAGAAGAAGCAAAAAUACGAAUAUCCUCUGAUAUUUGACCGGGAAAGGUGGACAAAAAUGAGCUCAAUGUCAUUGCUUUUCAAACGUGCACCUCCCAAGGCCUUUGAAGUGGAACAUGAUUUUAAGUAUUUCAAGUCUCUUUCUUCCCCUAAGACUCGCAGGUACGCCUUGGAAGGCUUCAUGACUGAAAACAGAGAGGCAGGGAUUGUUUUUGGUUCUUUGCCUAUAUACAGGGUGCCAAGCCCCACUAGUCUAAGAUUCCUUCCACUCAUUGGUUCAGAAGCACAGAAGGAGUCAAUAGAUGGCAUUUCAGGAAAGAAGAAAGGAGUCCAUGUUCAACAUGAGAAAGUUUCAAGAAAGAGAAGUCUGAAAAAGAACCUAGUUCCACAAAUAAAUCUGGCUUCUUCCUUCUUCCCAGCCAUGAUGCCAACUGGCUUUUCAGGAGACAACGCUCCCAGGACCAUGGUCCUCUCCAUUGUCGGGCACCCCUGGCACUGGGGCGUGAUGGUGGACAUGGGCCAGAAAGACUCCUACAUGAGUGACAAGGCCCAGAGAAAGCGUGGCAUCCUGACCCUGAAGUACCCCACUGAGCACAGCAUCAUCACCAGCAGUGCCAUGGGCUCCUGA